AUUGAAUUUGCUUUGAGUACAAAUAGAUAAGCAAUUUUUACUCGGUACGCAGAGAAAUAUUCAUCCAACUAAAAUGUCAAAUAGUUCAUUUGAAGAGGGUAAACUAAUGGCUGUCAUAGGCGAUGAGGACACCUGCGUUGGCUUUCUGCUUGGCGGCAUUGGCGAAGUCAACGAGGAGCGUCAGUCCAACUUUAUGGUUGUCGAGAAAGACACCAGCGCCGCGGCCAUAGACGAGUGCUUUAAGCGCUUCGUGGCACGCGAGGAUAUCGCCAUCAUAAUGAUCAAUCAGAUAUAUGCGGACAUGAUACGCGCCACCAUCGACAAGCAUCUGCUGCCUGUGCCCACUGUGCUGGAGAUACCCUCGAAGCAGCAGCCGUACGAUGUCAACAAGGACUCCAUACUGAAGCGGGCGCAUGGCAUCCUCAAGCCUGUGGUGCGCCGUCGCUAGAGCUUGCUGUACAGUGAAGCCCCUGCACAAUGCGAUCUCAUGUUAUACGAAUUGUUGUAUUAAAUAUGAUGCAUAUAGAUAGUAGAAGCUUUGAAAGGCUUUUGUCA